UCGAUACGCCAAGUGUGAGUCUGUCAGUGUCAGAGCCAGUCGCGGAAAUCCGCAAAGAACGCAUUGCAAUGUCGUGGGGCAGUAAGACUACAUAAGAAGGCACGUGGCGGGUACAUGACUUCGACUUAUAUACAACAUUUGCUGGGAAGAAAGCUUUCCUCCCCGCCUGUUGUUGCAUAUCUCAACGAACUCUCCUCCGCUGUAGAACUCUCUGCCGCUCCUACACCAGAGAUCAAGUCUUAUCCGGAUGUAAUCUACUAUAAUUUCCAUACCCUUGGCCUGAGCCUUCUCUUCAAACCCAUAGAAGGAUACAAGCCCAAAAUUGGUUCGUUGCGCUCCGAGCUGACGGAAGACAAAAUGAUCCUCGAAAGCCUCGAUUUAUACAACAUUCCUCAGAUCCCUAUGUCAGAUUCAAAAAAGAAGAAAGAGUCUGCCUUUUCCACGUAUCCAGUAUCUCCUGUGAUCUUGACAAUCGGAGAAGAAGACAAUAGUCCUCUCCAAUUCACGAGAAAAAGCACAGGUAAAGAUUUUGUGCAACUUCUUGGUGAACCAGAUCGAAAGGGUGGCGGAUCAGGUCCGUCUAGUGGGUCCAUUGGGAUUUGGUGCGAGUGGACGAAGCAUGGAAUUUUAGUAGAAUUUGGGGGUGUGGAAGCUAUAGGGCCACAAGCCUGGGAAAGAGGCAAAGAUGCUGUAUGGAAAGUUGUCACUGUAUUCCUUCUGAAUGCUCAAGAAUGAGGGAAUGAAAUAAGUUUGUCGCUGGUAUGGUGAAAGGAUAGACAUAGUAUGACCUUGUAUACUGUACCGGCAGAUAGAGCAAUAG